AAAAAACACUAUCGUAGUUACAGAAAAAGUUAUCAGCUAGCGAGGAUCUCCUUGGGCUUUCCUGAUUUAUUUUAUCUACUAUCAUCCUUUCCUGUCUCCUCCUGAUUCAAAUUCAAUCAAAAGAAUAGAGAAAAAUGAGCUGGUGGUGGUCUGGUGCUAUUGGCGCUGCCAAGAAAAAAACCGAAGAUGAUGAAGCAUCAAGAGGUUACCAAAGCGUGGCCCUGAUUCUAGGUGUUACCGGGAUUGUUGGCAACAGCUUGGCGGAGAUUCUCCCACUCUCAGACACGCCUGGUGGCCCAUGGAAAGUCUACGGCGUCGCCCGACGUUCCCGCCCCAACUGGAACGAGGAUCAUCCGGUGGAGUACAUCCAGUGCGACAUCUCCAAUACUGCCGAAACCCAAUCCAAGCUUUCUAAACUCACCGAUGUCACCCACGUCUUUUAUGUUACCUGGGCCAGCAAAUCCACGGAGGAGGAGAACUGUGAGAUUAACGGUCUCAUGUUCCGCAACGUCCUCCAGGCUGUUAUACCAAACGCUUCCAAUCUCCGCCAUGUCUGCCUCCAAACCGGAGGGAAGCAUUAUGCGGGUCCCUUUGCGUUAUUAGGCAAGAAUAUUGAAGCUCAUGAUUCACCUUUCACGGAAGAUCUGCCCAGAUUAAGAUUUCCCAAUUUUUAUUACACAUUGGAAGAUGUUAUGUUCGAGGAAGUGGCAAAGAAAGAAGGGGUGACUUGGUCUGUUCACCGGCCUGGUGUUAUAUUUGGGUUUUCACCUUAUAGCUUGAUGAAUAUGAUUGUGACUAUUUCUGUUUACGCUGCAAUAUGCAAGCACGAGGGAGUUCCGCUGAUCUUUCGUGGAUCGAAAGAGGCAUGGAAUAGUUACUCAAUUGCUUCUGAUGCAGAUCUGAUCGCAGAGCAUGAAAUUUGGGCGUGCGUGGAUCCUAAUGCUCAAAAUGAAGCUUUUAAUAUCCAAAACGGGGAUCUGUUCAAAUGGAAGCAUUUGUGGACGGUUUUAGCAGAAGAGUUUGGGAUUGAAAAGUAUGGAUUUGAGGAGGGGGAGAGUAGUGUGACCUUUGCGGAGAAGAUGAAAGACAAGGGACCAGUGUGGGAGGAAAUUGUGAGGGAGAACCAGCUACUGCCUAACAAGCUGGAGCAAGUUGGGGGAUGGUGGUUUGCAGAUUUGAUGUUCAGUGUACCGGGUUCUGUCAUUUGUUUGAAUAAGAGCAAGGAACAUGGAUUUUUGGGAUUUCGCAAUUCCAAGAAAUCAUUCGUUUCGUGGAUAGACAAGAUGAAAGCUUACAAGGUUGUGCCUUGAUAUGGUUGGUUUUGGGUUUUGUUGCUAUAAUCUCUGUUUUCAAAAUAUAAUAAUUGGAGAGUGAUCAAGGCUUUGUGCUCCAUUGUAACUGGUAUUAUGUCAGCCAUUUUAAAGAAAGUUGCAUUUGCAGUUGGUCCAA